AUGGCUUCGGAAGAUUCGAGGCCGGUGAAGAAAGAGGAAGAAUCCAACAACAAGAGUUCCGUUUCCAAAAAAGUUGCAACCUCCAACUCUAAGGUCGCAAAAGUUAAGAAAGAAGAGGCCGAAUUCGUUAAGAAGGAACCUAAAUCUGUACCCGUCAAGAAGGAGCUUAAAGUCAAGAAGGAAAUCGACGACGAGCUUCCCCUCGCCAGAAGGACCUCCAACUCCAAGAAAGACCCUCUUCGGAUUUUCUAUGAGAGUUUAUACGCCCAAGUUCCCCACAGCGAAAUGUCGCAAAUCUGGUUGAUGGAAUCGGGGUUGCUUCCAAAAGAAGUGGCAAGAAGAGUAUUUGAGAAGAAGCAAAAGAAGUUUCCGCAUAAACUGUCUUCACCAGUCAAGGCUGUAGCUGGCGGGAAGAGUGGCACUAAAUCUGUAUCUGUGACAGUUAAGAAGAAAAGCCCAACUUCUUCUGUGUCUCCUCUUAAAAAGAAGACAACGAACUCCACAUCAAAACAGUCCAAUAAGAGGAAAUCUAAGGCUCUUAGCUCUGAGGAAGACGAAGAUACUGAUUCUGAUGAUGAAGUUAUUCUUAGUGUAGCAAAGAGGAGAAAAUUGGCCUAG